AUGAAUACCGUUAAGUGCUAUGGGCGUCUUUUACCUGCGUCCAGAUUAGACAAUGACCGACAUGAAGAGAAGAAAUUUUUAAAAAGUGAACUAAUUCUGACCAAAAUGUAUGGAGAGAAAAUGUCCAAUUUGAAGAUUUAUAAUGAUAUACUUAAAAAGAGGAUAAAGAAAUUAACAGAUGGAGUGAGUAACUUAUUCAUUGUUUUAAAUAAUGAGGAGAAGGACGGAACGAUGUUAACUGUAGGGGAUGGAAACACUUCCUCUGGGAUUCUUUUUUACCUCAUUAACGAUUUGGUACAUGGCAAUCGGUCCAACUGUAAGCUCCUUAUCACGUUUAGCCAUUUCGAAAUUGUGAGAAAUAGGGUGAAAGAUAAAUUGAAGAGGUAUGUCCUUCCUCAGAGAAACAUGAUCGACAUUGGCAAUUGUUUGGGAUGUGAGACGGGAAACUACGACUGGAUUAGAAGCAGAAGGAGGGCUCACAAGGAUGGUAGCCCCUCCAGUGGGUACCCCCUAGAAGCUGAAAGGAAUCAAUAUGUACAGAAAAAAGAACGUUACCAUGGAGGGAACUUAGAAAAAAGGGAGACAAAUGAUCCCUGUGGGAUGUGCACCGAGUGGGAAGAUAAUCGACUGGUUAACUCGGAUGUCCUCUUCGAUGUUGACAGUUUUGUAAAAGGAAACAAAAGCGAAAAAUACGGAAGGAGGCACACGAAGCGGAGAAGUACAGGAGAGUGGGACCCCACUGCUGUGAGAAAGGUGUAUCUAACUGGAAAGAAUAUACGGCAUAUCUUUAAAAUGCUAUGCAGAAGCGGGAGGGGAAAAUCCGUGGGGGGCUUCUGCAAUGAGGUGACCUACGAGGUUGUUGAGUUCCACGCGGAGACGGCACAGGGGAGGGGUCCAGACGUGUUGGGUGUGAGAAGCUAUUCUGAUGGGGGGAUCGAUUCUGGCGUAAGCAACAAAUCGUCCAUUUGUCGCAACUCGCCCGUUUCCACCUGCUCGGUAACCAUCAUGGUAGUUAACAACCUGAAAAGGGCGGACUCCUCGGAACGAGCCUUCCUUUCCCACUUCUGCGAGCUCUUCCUAAAAAGGAGAGAAGACGCGAAUCGCCGAAGAGCCCCAAAUGUAACUUGCGAAAAGGGACACUCACUAAUAAUUAAGUAUUUGUUCAGUUUGUACAAAUUGCCUCCUUUAAGACGAAGCGUCACGGGGGUGAAUUCCCUCCCCUUUGAGCUAAACUUUAUAUACAUUUCCACCAAUUUCAAGAAGUACAGAACAGCUAGCGAAUUUAUUUAUGCCUACUUAAAACGUCUGAACCGGUCCGAAUGUUUUGUACAAUCAAAUGAAAAACUGGAGUAUCUAAAAAGUGGAUUUCACAAAGUGGAUGAAAAUAUUUACGUAGUUAAAAGUCUAUUGAAUUAUUACGCAAAAUUGGAGAGACGGGGUGGAGAAAUUAACCGGAGGAUCGCUAACUUGAGGAAUUAUCUUACCAUAUUAGAAUCUUCUGUAAUUCUUGGAGCGAAAAGAAGGUCCCACGACGCAUGGACUGAAAACAGAAUCAACAACGUUUUAAACAUCUGUAGGAGCAGCACCUUCGAAUCGGGUGAACAAAUCGAAGUAGAAACAGACAAUUCCUGUUGUUUAGAAAAGGAAAAUUUUUUCUUUUCUGACAAGGAAUGGAGGAUAAGACGACAUUACAGGGAGGCUGAAAGAGAAAGACAACAUGGGGGCAAAUACGAAGAUAGCGAAACUUCCCCAAGAAGUACACAGAUGAAGGAGAACGCGAAAGGGGAGGACAAUCAUUUAAGGAGUGUAAAAAAUGUAAGGGAAAUAAAAAAAGGAAAGCAUAAUCCGGAUAACAUCCACUUCAAAUUAAGUUUGUACAAAAGAGGGAGAACAAAUCUGGUCGGAAAUGGGGAUCACUCUAGAAUGGAAACUGACUACUCAAGUGGGAAUGCCAAUUUGGGAAAAUGCAAGCAACACUGUUAUAAACACGUGAGGGGGAAAAAGAACAAUAUGCUACAGAAUUCUUGUACGAAAAAGGAACAGACAAUUUUGGUAGACUCUAAUUCGUACAGAAAAUGUAUCCACGUCAAAUAUCAAUCUAGCGGGACGUACACACACUGCGCAAACGAUGACCCUUCAAAAUGUAGGGUAAAACUUUUUUUACGGAAUGACGAGGAUUUACUUCAUUCCCGCCAAGUGGACGAGCUUAACCAUGGUCUUUUCACUAGACCGAGAACCCCUAUGCAGAAUUUUGUGCCUACGAAUGGAAUGAACCCAAAAAAGAUCCAUUCAUCAUGUAUGGAUCCGUUCAGCAAUACCAUGGAGGUGGAUAACCUAUGCGAUAGGCCCAUUGUCAGUCAUAAGGGGAAGGAAAAGAAAUUCCUGCCCUGUGACAUACUUGGCAUGCCUUACUCGAAUGGGUCAGCUAGCUCGUGCGAGGAAAACGAGAAGCAGCUCGAAUCCGUUCUACACAACAUGGAACAGAAUAGAGAUUUCCUGAAAAGCAUUUCCACCUUAAAUUCGGAUAUUAAGAAGGGCAGGAAAAAGAUCGACAACCGAGCGAGGAGCUUAUUCGAGCAAGUGGAUCAGUGUCUCAGGGAGGACACGCGCGGUGGCGAGGGCAGACCAGGGUUGGAGAAGCAGCGGUGGAAGAAGCAGGUGAAGAGACAGGAGAAGAGGCAGGAGAAGCGGAAUGAUCUGGGACAGUACCGGGAGCUGGAGAGAAGGGACCACCCGAACGCAACAAUCGAAGUGGUGCAAAAAAAUGGAGAACCUCAAACGGGUCGACAAGCAGGGAAGCAGAAAAAAACGAAGAAGGACGAUACAUGUGUAGAGAUGCAGGUAAAAAGAGGAUUCAGAAAAUUAGCCUUACAAGAAUUUGCCAAAUGGAAGCUAACAAGUGGGAAGAAUAAUCUCAGCUGCUCUAGAAAAGGGAACAAGUCUGGAAAGUCUGGGAACAGCAUCGAUGGGCAUAAAAAAGUGGAAAAGUCCAAUAACAGUCUAACUUUGCCCAUGUCGGCGGGAAAAGAGACGAAUAAAUUUGAUAACUCCGAUGAGACCUUCUCAAAAGCUGACCCCAUAAGUGAUCCUCUGGACACCCUGAUACAUCAGUCUUCUCUUGAUACAGAAGAAGUUGAUAUUAAAUCUAAGUGUGACAAGUUCCCCGCAGAAGGACUUAGUAGUAAGCAUAUCUUCGAUAAGACAACUAGCACAACUAAUAAAUUACCUGACAAAGGAAAAGAAAAAAAAACACGAAAUUGUGUGGAACACCCUGUCCACUUAAAUGGUUGCAAAAUGGAUAAGAAGAGCCUAGAACGUAUCUUUUCCCCUACCAAAAGAAGGGAUUCCAAUUUGGCUUCGGAUGCAAACGAAUUAAACGCUCUCCAUUCGAAUAACCAUUGGUUAGGUCAAAAUGGAGGUAGCAUAAAAAAACAAAUCAACAUGGAAGAAAAUAGGCGAAAAAUCGAGGAAGAUUUGCUUUUCGAAGAGCGCGCUAAUUGCAAUGGUGAACACAUUUCUAUGUGCCCUGGAGAAUGGCAAUGUGGGGGGGCAUCCAGGAUGGCUGCAACUGGCGCACUUACGCAUGUUUCAUAUCGUAAGGGUGAUGAUAGGGGAAGAAACACAAUUAAGCAGGCGCAGGAGGAGGAAGAAAUUCACGUGCGUUCGUCGAACGAAAACGUAUUCUCAUUUUCAUCAAAGAAUAAAAACGAGAUGAGCAAAGGUAACCACUACUGCAGCAGUCAAGCUAUCGACGAUGAUAUAGUGAGUGGAUGCACAUUAGACGGAGAAACAAUCAUGGCAGCAUCACCAAAUGGGAUAAACAAGGACACAAUAAAGGGAUCUAACAGAAUGGCGAAGAUGAGAAAAAAACGACAAAACUAUAGUUGGGAUUGUGCAGAUAAUGAAAAUGUGACGGUGGCCAGUUCAGGCUCGCCAUCAACAGGACAACUCAGAAAUGUCAGCGAUUCCUGCGAAGAAGAACUGGACCAAAGCAUUGAAAAUUAUCAUAAUAAUUUUAAAAAGCUGCUAAAAUCGCAUAUGAAUUUUCUACAGAAAAAAUGUGUAAACGAUAACAACGAUUUGGAGCUUCUGAAAAAGAUAAAAUUUGCAAAAGGAGUCCUGCGAGAGUAUAACAGAGUUUUGGGCCGCAGUCCGAAUGGCAAGCAUGAGCAGAGCGUACUUAUGCGUCAAAUUAUUUCGAACGGAUGGGGAGUCGAAGAGACAAUGUUUGAGCAACACUGCGGGAGGAGUCCCACUGAUAAGUACUCAGAAUGUGUAGACAUGGGAAAAAAUUACAAAGAUGGAUUUUUAAGAAAAAAGAAUAAAACAACUGAUAGUGAAGUGGUGCGAAAAGGAAUGCACCCCGGAAGAGAUGCGAGGAGUGCAAACGGAAACCAUGAGGAGAACGCGGAUGGAAACGAUGUGGGGAGUGCAGAUGGAAGGGAUGCGGGGAGUGUUGACCGAAUCCAUGAGGGGAAUGAACAAGAAAGUGCGAAUGGGGUGGAACACACCGAAAGGUGUAGUGUCCAGACGAGUACUUCUCCACACCAUACUGCUAGAAGUGUCUACGUCGAUAAGAAUUCCCUCCCGGCCUGCAAACCCAAGGAGAACAAUUAUGGCAACAGUGACCAUGAGGACAAUUUUGACGAGGCAGAAAUUGAAAACAGUUAUACCCGAGAGGGAGAAUAUUUCCAAUGGGAGAAACCCCCAUUGCUCGUCAGUACAGAAACACAAGAAAACAUAUCCAGUGAGAAUGGUAGAAAUGUUAAUGCGUCUGCACAGUACGAUGAAGAAAAUGUCCCCAGGGAUGAUCCUCCUCACGGAGGAAACGUCAUCACGUGUGACCCAAAUGACAUUUACAAUGAAUAUGAGGAAGAACCAUUUGGGGAAGAAGAAAGGAGCGCCUUACCUGUUGACAAUUUAGACGAGUUACAAAAUGGAAGAGGGGCCAGCUCACAGGGAAAUUACCCCUCAAAAUCUGGUAGCUGGGAGAACCCUCCCCCCGGCAAUGAGGAUAACGAGGGAAAACGCAAUAGUGAAAGCGGAGAAGCGGACAGAAUUGGACAUGUGAUGGAUGAAGACAUGCACAAAAGUGACAAUCUGGGAAACUCACAUAGGGGCAAACUAUUUGCGCAGAGAAGUUUCAGUUCCAUGUGGGACGAAGUUGAAGAUGUUGUGGCAGAGGACUCCUUCAUGAAGGUCGAAAGCAAUCCAUCUGAAGAUACAUGCGAAAAAACAACUCUACAUAGCCACGCAGUUAUCCGAAAAAUAAGGAGAAAAAAAAAAGUGCUGAGAAGUGCCAUACAGGAUGAGGAAAACAAAUUAACUAGACAUUCCUCAAAAAAGAAGAAACUAAUGUCCUUCAUUUUGAGGGCCAUAGAAAGAGGCGAAAAGGAUGAACAACUGCUCGCGAUUGUAAGAAGUGCGAUAUUUAAGGUGGAAUAUUUUGAGCAAAAAAAAAUAAGCAAAUUGAAGAGGAUGGAAAAGGAAUUUGAAAAGUUAACUCAUGUAGAGGAAAAAAUGGUUAGUAAUUUUCUCAUGAGGAAAAGUCAAUUUAGCGGGAAAAAAAAUAAAGGGGGAGAACUUCGCAACAGAACGGUAGGGCGCAAAAAUGGACACGAGGGGAAAGACGACAACGAGGUUUACCAAAGGUGUGGAAGCCAUCUCGACGAAAGGAAAAAUAAAGACGCACAUAGCCAUGAAGAAAAGCGAAACAAUAAAAAUGUGGAAAACCAUUUUCAGAAGAAAUCGCAAAAGGAUCACCAAACCCGUGAUGUGCAUCCGCUCCGCGGUGGGGAAAAAAAAGAAAAAAAAAAUAACUGUGCACAUUUGGACGCGUUUCAAGAGGGUCGUGUUUGCAACAAUUUUUUCAAUUUAAAUGACUACAAUAAGGAAAGCAAAAAAUCGAUCGCAUUUUCCGACUUGUACGUAAAUUUGAAAAAGGAAAAACACAGCACCUCACCGGUGGACGCAGAACAGCCGAUGCGAGUUGUUCCUUCUCUUCGUGUGGCAAAGUUGGGUCAAGAGGCGCUGAUUGAAAAAAGCCCAAGUGAGCGCAUACCGCCAAGCGGUUACUUGCACCCUAAAAAGGAGCAGGACACCCCUAGAGACCAUCAUAACGGGGGAGGCCGCGGCACUGGUGGAGGUAAAGGCAGAACAUGCUUUACGCUAGAAGAGGCGAAGAAGUGCGACGCACCUUUCCAAAAUUGUGGGGAUACCGCCGACGGUUGGCCUAAGCUAAGCGGAAAUCGGUUGGACGGGUGCCAACAGCACAUAGGGUAUUUUCCCCUCUUCAAUGAUAACAGCGCACGGGAGGAUUUCCCCCAAUGGGACAGGGACUUUUCCAAAGAAACAGAUAAAAAUAGAGAUAUAAAUAGAGAUAAGAAUAGAGAUAUAGAUGGAGAUAUAAAUAGAGAUAAAAAUAGCACCAGAAAUAUAACUGUAGCGUACAGAGAUAUCAGCGAAGUACGGGGGUCCUCCCCUCGCAGUAGUCAUACCUUUAAGCAGAAGAUAAAGGGAAAAAGGACCAAGUUGGGACUAUCCUAUGACAGAUCGUUGGAGGGGCAAAAUAUAGUCCCCCGAAAAAGGAAUCCCGCGAAGGAGUGCACAACUAAAGAAGCGGAAAAUUUAAGAUUGAAUUCCUUCUGCUUCUCCAACGGGGGUAGAAGCAAAAGGGAGGCAAUAUUGCCAUCCACUGAAGGUGGCGACAAAUCGACACGCCGCUUCCAAGUCGGGGUGAAAGUCCCACUGACUGGGGAGAGCGUACCGACCGGCGAAAGACACAGAAGUGGGCAAAACAUACCUGAUAAGGGAGGAAAAAAAAAAGGGAAAAAUAUCCAUAGGGAAGAAGAAAAAAAGGAGAAUAAGGGUGGUAAGGAACACUCCGCUUGGGGGGUAGAUUUAGGGGAUGCCAGAACUGAAAGAAGACCCCGAAGUAAUCAGAUUGAGAAAAAUAACAUACUAGGAAAUUCAAAGGACUUUCACGUAAGUGUAAGAAUGGACCCUCCACGAGGUAACGGUUUGCAGAGAAAAGGUUCAUUCCGUAGGCGAGACGUAAACAGGGGAUUUUUCCCCUUAGAAAAUCCGCCAUCCAGUUACACCUCAUUUUGUUACGCACCACGUGAAGCUGGAUACCCAGAAAUGAUUCCCCAUUCGUCUACCCUGAACCACCAAUGUGUAGUCUCACGAAAUUGGGAUGAAACGAAAAGGAUUGCUGGAAGCCCUCUCGCCAGAUGCCAAGCCGAAAGGUGCGAAGAAGAAGAAGCCGAAGCAGAACAGAUCAGACGGAACAGGCACCAGCGGAACUUCAUAAAUGUGAAGCAUAAGUCGACGCCCGAAACGAAAGGAGACAAAAAUGUGGAACAAAUUUCAGUCAAAACGGUUAUUAAUCGCCAGAGAGAAAAAACCAUCCCGUGCAUUAACUACGAUACUAAUAGGUAUAGCUUCAAAUUGGGGUGGUGGAAUUGGGGGAAAAAGUCGAAGAUACUGGAAAAUAUAGGAAGGUGUAAGGAAAACAUUAAAGAGAAAUACUAUCAAAAUAGGAGAGAGUGCAAACAUAGGUCCUCUACCAAUUGGACGAGCAAAUAUUUUACAAAGUUCCAACCAAACGAAUAUUUAUACAUUCCUGUGACGAACAAGAACUAUUUUCGGAGCAAAAACUCCCUUAAGAUUAGGAGCAACCCCGUGAGCGAUUUCCACAAAGUCAAUUUGAAACCCAUAACUGGGUUUUUACAAUCCUAUGAAAAGGAAAGGCAACGACAAAAACAAGUCCCACGAGCAGUCAUUAGAGUGUCUACCGUUCCUUACGUUGUGGAAGAUUAUAAUGUGAAGAGGGGCUUACCCAAAAUGGGGGGGAAAACGGGUGUCAGCUUGGGAGAGUCAAACAUCCUCCUUUCGGAAGAUGAGGAAUCCAAUUUGAAUAACACGUCAGGGUUUUUCGCCAAGGUGUCCAAGAAGAAUGUCCCCGGGGGGUGCUUUCCCAGUGGGUACUAUCCCAAUGGACGUCGCAGCUACUCCAGGGGCACCAACUCGAAUGAUGAGAAAAACUCCAAGGGAAUUAUAUUCAAGUGCAGGACGAAGCAGGCUCAUAAAAUGGGCAUCAGAGAGAGCAACAGUGGAGCCGCCCAUGGGAGAAGGAAUUCUAAAGCCAGGUUAUAUAACACUGGGAAUGACAUAAAUGAGGAAACGACACACACUCGUAGGCACGGCAAAGCGCAUAGCGGUGGGGAAGGAUCGAAUGAAAAAGACGAGUUGGGUCAAAGGUGGGACCCACAAAAAAAGACUACCGUGAAGGUAAGGCGAUAUAGAAUUCCCUCCAUCGAAUCGCUUCCUUCCGUGCGCAGUGCCCCAGGGAGACCUCCCCAGGAGUGCAGCCUCUCUAUGGUGCGACUAUCCUCUGGGAGCACUGCAAGCGGCAGCGCAGGGAGUAGCAAAGUCGUAAGUCCCACUAAUGCCAAAUAUAAGGUCAAUUUGAAAUCUAAGAAAAGGGAGGAUUAUCCACAGGGGGAGGAUCCGAGACAUACACCCUCAUCCCAAUGUAGCAACAAAUCAGAAGUGCCAAACAGUAGCAGGCGCAGUGGUAGCAGCUGCUAUAGUACAUCCUCAGUGGGAAUCCCAAAUGCGGCAUUUCAAGAAGAUGCCAAAGGAGAGCUACUCAUGUAUGCGGCCCAGAGGAAAAAAUUCACAAAUUAUGACGAGAAUGAUGAGGAAAAUCUAUCCAGACGAAGUUACAAACACAUGAACAUAAGUAGCAAAAGGGAGUAUCCCGGAUACACAACUAACCAGGACACCCAUUUUAACAUGUACAGGGAAGGUUACAAAAGUAUGCAGAGUGAAUUAGGAAGAAAUCGUCAUAUAAUAGAAUGUGAUGGAAGCAAGAGCAGAGAUUCUUCCGCGGCUUCAAUUGCGAAAGCUUCAGGGGAAGGCCCAUACAGAGGGCACCACUGCCCAAAUGAGAUAAACCAACUGGACUACUUACAACCUGAUAGCUGUCACAGGGAAAAAAGAGAAAACAGAAAGAAGCACAGCUGUAAAAAUGCCCAUCACAAUUCUUACCCUCGUAGGAAUGAUGGUUACUACGAGGGGCAGCAUAGAGAUAGGGUCAACCCUGAGACACAUGGAAGGAAGGGGCACGAUGCCGAUUAUUUGGAAAAGCAGUACGAUGAGUAUUUUUACGAUAAUUAG